AUGGCUGGCGUCUAUGCGUUCCCUCUGCUCGUCGAGCUGGAAGACAACAACUUUCCGAAAUUAAAAAACAAAUUGGUUAAAUACUUUCAAAGUAAGAAAGCCAACGGUGGCGACUGUGAAGUUGACCAUGAAAAUGGGAGCGGGACAGCGACGCUGCGCUUCCGGAGAGAGGAGGAUCAGCGAAAUGUUUUGAAGAAGGAGACGCAUGAGAUCCAAGUGGAUACAAGCGUCCUGAGGAUGAAGGUCCGCUUACCCACGGAGGAGAAAAAAGCUCAGGAAGCUCCACCCAACACAGUCCAAAAGAAAUUACCCUCAGGUGCCACAGCUGAAGUUCUGAAGGAGGCAAAAGACGAUGAGGAGCUGUGCUCCAACUACGUUUUAGGAAAUAUUGCCAAGUUAAACCAAGAGUUUUUGGAGAUGCUUGUUGAGAAUAUUGUAAAGGAUGCUGACUCCAAAAACUACACUUUGGAAAUCAUUCCUUACACGUUCUCUGCUGUGGUCAGUUUCCCAAGAGAAAACACAGACUUUGUGAAGAAAUGUCUUGAAAACAGGACAUUCAAGAAUCAACAGUUAUCAGUCCGCCCUCUCGAAGUCACAACCCAAGUGUUGGCUGAAGACAUUAGUCUGGGUGAGGAUAUCCUCCGCAUGGUUUUUGAGAAUGCAGGCGGGACUGUGGAAAAAGUUGUGCUUAAUCAAGUGGAACAGUCUGCCAUCAUCACCUUUAAAGACCAUAAAGAUGUUCAGAAAAUCUUGAAGAAAAAGCAGCACUUUAAAGAUAAAGAGCUCAAAGUUUACCCUUUUUAUAAAUCUUUGGACACAGCUCUUUAUGGAAAAGACAAACCUUCACUGAAACUCCCUGACUGUGUGUCAGAAACUAUUGAUGAAAGUCUCCGGAGAUACUUAAGUCGCAGUCAGUCAGUGGCAGCAGCUAUUCACAAUGAAUUGGCUAAACACUUCUGUAAAGUAAACUUCAACCAGUCUCCUGUUUGCUUGAGCCCUGAAGCAUCUUUGCUACAACAAAAAGAGGCCAAAGCCAUCAUCAGAGAAUGGAACCAAACCGUGAAGUCAACCUUCGCUGAAGCCAUGUCAAAAUUCAAAUCUCUGACGUUUCAUCCAGAGUCAGAGGCGUGGCAAGAGUCUGAGGACAAGAUCAGACAGCUGUCAGAGAGGGAGGACGUGGCCGUGAUGCCUGAUAAAGCCAGUGGAGUUAUAUUAGUGGCUGGGCCUGUGGAUCAUGUCACCAGGCUUGAGAAAGCUUGUUCUGAAGUUUUGAAUGAGAUUGGCAGAAGGGUGCACAGAGAAAAGUCUAGUUUAACUGACGAAAUGAGAAUGUCACCAUCGACUUUCCACAUUCUGUAUCAAGACGGUCUUAAGGAGAAGCUGCUACGUGUUUACCCAGAACUUAAAAUGUCGUUCAUCAGGGACAGAUCAGUUCUUGCGAUAACUGGCUUAAAGGAUGAGAUUCUUGCAGCAAACAAAGUCAUAUAUGACGCUAUAUUAGCUUUAAAACGUCAGCAUUUAGAUUUACAUGAAUUUGUACUUGACUUGUUGAAAGAUGAAGAUCUAGAGGAGCUUUCUGAGGUUCUCCUCAUAUCUGAUGGGAUGAAUGCAGCAUUUGAGAAAACCCCACACAGUGUCCAGCUUCUGGCUGUGUCAGAUCGAGAUCUGAAGAAUGCAGGAGAGCACCUGAGGAAAAUGUUAAUAUCUGAGCCCAUUGAUGUUGAAGAUGAAAAAGUUCUGAAAAUGCCAGAGUGGAAGCGACUAGUGGACAAGUUUGAGUUUGAUAACAGUGGAACAUGGAGAAAAAUCAGAAUCCACACACCUGGUGAACAAGUUGUGGUGUGUGGCCACAGGCAGAGAGUCCAGCUGGUCACUAGUGAGUUGGAGGACUUUCUAUCACAGAAUGCCAGCAUUGAGGAGGUGGUUUCAGCUAAUUACAAAGCCAUAGCGGAAUACGUUCAACCUCGUAUCUCUAAGUUGGGGGAAGUGGUCAAACACGUGAAAGUGUCUUACACAGAGGAUUUAAUCUGCCUAAGUGGUUCUAGAGCUGAUGUUUCAAAGUGCAAGAGCCGGGUUGAGGACCUGGUGUGUUCUGUCGUCUUUGAAGAGGUUAAAGUGGUCAAGCCUGGAGUGAAGAAGCUCUUCAAGGAUAAAAAAGGCAUGUAUACUGACUUACUGCGAGGGGAGACUGGAUGCCUGGUUAAACUGGGUGAUGACGCUGAUGAUGGACAGGAUGACUUGGCCAACAGACCCAAGCCUGUGUACCAGCUCCAGACGCCCGAUGGAGUGGACAUAGCUGUUUGCAAGGCAGAUAUGUGCAGCUACCCAGUGCACGCGGUUGUUACUUCCUCGACUCAAAACUUAAAGCUUGAUGGUGGCCUUGCAGCAGCACUUCUAAAAGCUGCAGGUCCUCAGCUGCAGGAUCAGUGUAACAAGAUAUUUAACUCGAGGGGACAGCUCAGUCCUGGAGAAUGUGUCAUAACGGAUGCAGGAGGACAGCUGUGCUGCAAAAAAGUCAUCCAUGCAGUGGGACCCCUUUAUGAUUCCAAUAAGCAUCCAAAGGUUGUGGCACAGUUGAGAAAAGCUGUUCAAGGAAGCCUGGAACUUGCUGAACAGCACAACUGUGUCUCUGUGGCACUGCCGGCCAUCAGCAGGAGCCAGGGGUUUAAUCUCAGUGUUUGUGCAAGCACGAUUGUCAAAGCAGUAAAAGAGUUCUGUGAUGAGAAGUAUGAGGACAACUGCAUUAAAAGUAUCCAUUUUGUGAACAAUGAGGACACUGUGGUCCAGGCUAUGGAGGCCGCUGUGAGGCAGGAGUUUGGAAACCAUGGAGUCAAUCCCUCCCAGCAGGUCCCCCAGACCAAAGCCAUAAAGUCUCCCCUAAAACAAGCUGGAACAUCCAGCUCUGACCCAAACUGCUUGGGACAAGUGCAAACCAAGGAGGGCUUGGACCUCAUCCUGAUGAAAGGAAAUAUUGAGAAGGCAACGACGGAGGUGACCGUGAACUCUGUGGUUGGUAAAGAUCUUAACCUGAGCCAAGGAGCAGUUUCAGGUGCCAUCCUUCGUGAGGCUGGGCCCAGCCUUCAACAGCUGGUAACAGCCCAGAAUGCCACCGGUGCUGUUGGUGAAAUUAUUAUCACGGCUGGCGGCAACCUGAAGAGCAAGCAAGUCUUCCAUGCAGUUACUCCUCACUGGGACAAAGGAAAGGGAACAACUGAAAAGAUCUUAAGUGGGAUUUUUAAAGACUGCUUGAACAAAGCAGAGGACACUGGUCUCACUUCCUUGUCCUUUCCCGCCAUCGGCACUGGAAACCUGGGUUUCCCUAAAGACCGUGUAGCCACUUUGAUGUUGGAUAGAAUUUUAACAUUUAGCAGUAAGAAACCUAAACAUUUGAAAAAGGUGAUGAUUGUCCUUUACUCUGGAGACGCAAAUACCAUCCAGGUUUUCAGUGAUGAGUUUAAGAAGAGGUUCCCCACUGCCACUGCUGCUAAAACGGCUCCAAAUCCUCCACAAAGUCAAGGUCCCUUCUCUAAAGUUGUCUCGACCUCAGGAAUGCAUGAGACCAAACUGGGAAAUGUGGCCAUACAGGUUGUCACAGGAGACAUAACCAAGGAGAACACUGAUGUCAUCGUCAACUCCUCCAAUGAAAGCUUCUCUCUUAAGUCAGGUGUAUCUAAAGCUAUUCUGGAUGCGGCUGGACAGGCGGUUGAAGCAGAAUGCCAAACACUAAUCACUGCUCAGCCCAACCAAGGCAUGAUAAUGACCCAGCCAGGUAUCCUCAAGUGUAAGAAGAUCCUCCAUCUGGCUGGACAGACGGACCCAUUAAAAAUAAAAAAGGUUGUCAAAGAUGCCCUUCAGAUGUGUGUGAAACACAGCUACACCUCGGUGUCUUUCCCAGCCAUUGGCACAGGUCAGGGGAGUGUGCAGGCUGGGCAGGUGGCAGAUGCCAUGUUGGAUGCAGCGAUUGAAGUGCUGACCCAAAACACUUCAAGCUCACUGAAAACAGUUCGGAUAGUCAUUUUCCAACCACCUAUGCUGAACGACUUCUACAACAGUAUGGACCAAAGAGUGCAAACAGACAAAACUGAUGCCAAGGGGAAAAAGGGGCUGUUGGCAAGCUUUGGCUCUGCAUUCAUGUCAUUAUUUACUGGUGGAGCUGCCCCACCUCAGGAUGGAGAAGACUUUAUAAUAGAGGCACUAAAAGUAGACCCUGCUUGCUUCCACAUUUGUGGCGACACACAGACUAAUGUAGAUUUAGUCAAGACGCGGAUAAACGAGCUGAUAUCCAGUGAGAUAAACGCCACCACCAUUUCAGAAAAGGCCAUCCUCCACUUUUCUGACGCAGACUACAACAAAAUAGCUGAUAUCCAGAGGAACCUGGGCGUGAGCAUAAGAACCAAAAGCAAGAAUGGUGAUGCCUCCAUCACCAUUGAAGGACUCAGCAAAGAUGUGCUCAAAGCCUCCACCCAAAUUCAUAAAAUGAUGUGGGAGGCCAAAAACAAGGAGGAGCUGCAGAAGAAGAUUGAGAUGACGAGCUCACUUGUAGAUUGGCAGUACCAGCCGCAAGGGCUUCAGUAUGAGCAUUUUGAUGAAACAGACAAUUAUCACCUGGAGCAAGCGAUGAACGACAAGAAAAAGACUGUAACAGUUAAAAUCAAGGGACAGAACUACACUGUCACCAUGUCAAAGAACCAGGCCACCAACAGCCAGGGACAAACCGUGCAGAUAAAGAGGGUCAACAAACUCCAAGCUGAGGACAUACCUGAACACUGGGAUCCAAUGCCAGACACCGAUAUUUGUAAGGUCGUCCCCAUCAAUGCAGGAACACAAGAGUACAACGAAGUUGUUAAUCUGUUCAAGGCCACGUGUCCCCGAACUGUUAUUAAGGUUGAGAGGAUACAGAACCGUGGGAUGUGGAAAGGGCUGCUGGUCAAGAAGUACGACAUGGAGCAGAGGAACGGCCAUUUGAACAAUAUGAGGCGUCUGUUCCACGGCACCUGUCACACCACUGUGGACUGGAUCAACAAAUAUGGCUUCAACAGGAGUUACGCAGGAAAGAAUGCUGCAUGUUAUGGCAAUGGCACAUACUUUGCUGUCAAUGCCAAUUACUCUGCUGCUGACACCUACUCCAAGCCAAAACCUAGUGGGGAGAAAUACAUGUACCUCUGCCAAGUGUUGACGGGGGAAUUUACUACUGGAAGCGCAGGCCUGAGUGCACCACCAGAGAAGACCCCUGGCUCCUUUCAGCUUUACGACAGUGUUGUGGACAGACUGCCGACACCCAGCAUGUUUAUUAUUUUCCAUGAUGCUCAGGCUUAUCCUGAAUAUUUGAUUACAUUCAAGUGAUGCGACAAUGCAUGGACGAAAAGUCAAAAGCCUUUCACCUUACACUGUCUAAUAAUAAUCACUAAUGAUCGUUAAUCAAAAAGAAUAAAGACUUAUUUCCUUGUUUAUAUACUGUAGUGCCUUGAAAAUCUCUCAGUGAAAAUGCUAUUAUUAUUAUAAAUCACGCAAGCAAAAACCAGUGAAUGAGUGAAACCUAAAAGUAGGAUUACUGUGAUAGUUUUCUUAUAUAUUAUGCGUAUUGUAACACAAUACACAGUUUUUGUCUGUGGAGAGGCUCAUGGAAAGUACCUGCUCCGAUCCAAGGCUUAUCUGUGGUGUACUGGGUGUGAUACAUCAGGUUUUCAAACACUUCUGGUCUUAAAAAGAAAAAGUGAAAGUUAACUGCUGUUCCAGUAAACAAUCCUGUUCAAAUAAAAGCUGCAAUCACCCAAAAAUGA